AUGGCGCCUAAGAAUAAGGCUAAGGCGGCCGGUGUUAGCGCUAGCUCCUUCUUUGAUCUGAAGGCUGAACUUUUGAAAAAAGAAGAAGAGUUUGCGAAGAACAAGGCAGCGGGCAAGCCUACAACACUCGUUGGUGGCGUAAAGCGGGCAGACAAGAAACCGACAAUAUGGGCUCGACAGAAUCAAGGCGUAAAAGCUCGUGCGGCGCGCGAUAUCGAGCUGGAGGAGAUCAGCAAACCAACGAUCGACUCCGCACUUGCCGCCUUGGAGCGAAAAGCGCAAAUAUACGAGAAACUGAGGAAGGGAAGGAGCGGAGGAAUUUCAGAGAAGCAAUAUGAAUCGUUAUUGGUCGAUUUUGACUCAAAGGCAAUGGAUGCGUACGAAUCGGACAGCGAUGAUGUAGACGAGUCAUUAACAGUGCCGAGGCGUCCAGCUGAGGAAGAGGAUGAUCCGAUCAUCGAGUACGAAGACGAGUUUGGUCGAAUACGGAGUGGUCGUCGCUCGGAGGUUCCACGGCAUCUUCUUCCUCAAAUGGAAACUACGAAGCAAGGGGAGGAUAUUGAGUACGUUCACUGCCUAAUCUUUCGAUAUAAUCCGGUGAACUACUUUCCUGUCUACGAACCCUCUGCAGAGCGCGUCGCCGCCAUCGAAGCCGAGUACGCGGAGGAGAAUAACCCGCUCAACGUGCACUACGAUGCCGCCCAGGAAGUGCGCGCCAAGGGCGCCGGGUUCUACCAGUUCUCUGGCGACGAGGAGACUCGCAAAAGGCAGAUGGAAGAACUGCGUCGGGCGCGCGAGGAGACGGAGAAGACGCGUGAAGAGAUUGGCGCGGCGGACGUUCGGCCUGGGGAGAUGGACGGCAUGCGGGCGCCCGGAGAGGAAGGUUCUGGGCCGAUCAAGAGUCGGGCGAUGGAGAAGAGGAAGAGAGAACUGGAGGAAAGAAGAAAGAUGGUGGAUGCAAAGAGAAGGAAGCUUGCCGGCACCCGAACGUCUGCGCCUGCGGAGGGUGCAAGUCCCGGACCAGUUCCAGCGAUACCGUCACCUGCACCGAUGAGCCCCUUCGCUGCUCUAGAAGCCAAAUCGAGUAGCAAGGGGAAACAGAAGGCGGAAGUGAAGGAAACACCGAUGAACGCUGCAGACGCCUUUCUGGCGCAACUCGAACAGGAAGUCCUGAAGAAUGCACGACCGUGA